CGAAGUGCUUGGUCAGUUUCGUUUCAUCCAAUUUAUAGCUUAUAUAUGAGUCGUUCAUUACGUAGAAGACUAUUAUUUUUAAUUUUAUUGUUUUUUACAGGCUUAUAUUGGACAUAUUUAAAGUAUAAAAGUUUGCUACAACAGAAAAGAAUGAACAUAAUAUCAAAUGACAUCGAAGACGUUGAUGCUUAUCCAUUAGAUAUCAGAUAUAUCCCUGCGCCCAUUCAGGAAAAAUAUCAUGAAAUUUUCCCACAAGAUGAUUGGAAAUAUUUGGCACUACUUAAGGAAAUGUUACAGGAAGAGGAAGUAUCCAGAGGCAUAGAAUUCGAGGACGACUUCUUAAGAUUAUAUCUCAUUUGUAACAAUUACAAAAUCGACAGAGCAUUCUCCAUGAUUCUGAACUGUCUGCAUUUGAGAAAAAACCACGACUACCUGUUCCGUAAUAUAAGUUUUGACUUUACACAAAAUCCAGCCUACAAAUUUAUCAGUGUUCUGCCUCAACGACGAAAGGACGGCUCUGUAACAGUGGUUUUUAAAGUGGCGAAAUGGAAUCCGGACGAAGUUCCAUUUGAGCAUCUGAAACUAAUAAUGUUCAUGAUACCCAUGCAGCAAUUGCGUAAUCCUGUGACUCAAGCGAGCGGUUUCAACUUAAUUUAUGACUUCGCGGAGGCUGGAAUUCGAUACAUGAGGUACGGCACGCCUCAGAAUGUGUAUCUAUUUCACCACGUGUCAUUCGAAGUACUGCCAAUGAGAUUUCUUGGGUAUCAUCUAGUCAAUGUCAACUUUAUUGGAAAUUUCCUGGUGUCACUGAUAAGACCAUUUUUGCCAAAAGACAUUGAAAAAGUCUUUUACACGCAUUCAUCACUGAAAGAACUACUUGAUUACUUCCCCAAAUCAAUGCUACCUGUAGAAUACGGGGGAAGUUUAGAAGAUUAUUAUACGGAUGAUUGGCUCAGGAAAGCAAAUAAGGAACAUGGAAACUUUCCGGCAGGCGGCUUAAAGAAUAUUUUCUGAUGUAAUUGUUUGUAAUUUAUAGCUCGAAAUAAAAUAAUAUCUUUUGACACUCA